AUGUCCCAAAUCCCGGUCACAGAAGUCUGCAUCAUCGACCUCAAAGCCCCGUACGACCUCAAAGACCCCUCCACUCCCGAAGGUGCCAUCUGGGCAUCCUCCAUCUCCACCCUGAAAAAAUGUCCCGGCUUCCGAGACAUCUACACCAGUAGCGUCGUCGAGGAUAGGGGCAAAGCCCACUGGGACAGCAAAGCAGACCACCUCUCCUUCUACGACACGCCCCACUUCCCGGCCUUCCGCGCCCAACUGCUCUCCCUCUGCGCCGUCCCGCCGAUCCCGAUCCACGUCCUCUUCCACCCCGCGCAGCCCAAGACCCUACAGGCCCCCGUCACCGAGGUCGUAAUGGCCUACUUCCCCCUCGCCAUCACGACGGAGCAAAAGGAGAAGUGGGAAUCUAUAUGGCAGGGAUUCGUGACGAAGGUGGGGGGGGAGGUGGAGGGGGUGAGGGAUGUGCAUGGUGGGUGGGUUGUGGAGGGUAUGGAGGUGGAGGGGUUGGAAGGGGAGAUGAGGGCGUGGAUGGGGACGGUGGGGUGGGAGGGGUGGGGGGCGCAGAAGGGGAAGGCCGGGGAGGGGUUGGUGGGAGUGUUGGAUGGGGCGGAGGGGUUGGUGAAGAGGGAGAUUUAUCAUGUGGAGCUGACUUGA